AAGUUAAGUCUUUUUAGAAAAAAACAAACAUCGAUAACGUAUGGUUAUUUUGUUAAUGAAUACUUAGAAUUCGAUUCGAGACAUAAUAAUAUGGAUCAGAUUUGUAAUAUAUAAAUAUAUUUUUAUAAUAAUUUUAUUCAAAACGAAACAAUAAUAAAUUGUUAUUGAAAGAAAACAUGGGAGUACCAGCAUUUUUCCGUUGGUUGAGUAAAAAGUAUCCUUCUGUAAUUGUGCAUUGUGUGGAGCAAAAGGGUCAAAAUAUAAAUGGAACAAAAGUACCAAUCGAUUCAUCACAACCGAAUCCAAAUGGCGUGGAAUUCGAUAAUUUAUACCUAGACAUGAACGGUAUUAUUCAUCCGUGUACACAUCCCGAAGAUAAACCGGCACCCAAAAAUGAAGAUGAAAUGAUGAUCGCAAUCUUUGAAUGUAUCGAUCGUUUAUUUGCGAUUGUACGACCACGAAAACUUUUAUACAUGGCUAUCGAUGGAGCAGCACCACGCGCCAAAAUGAAUCAACAACGAUCACGUCGUUUUCGGGCAUCCAAAGAAACCGCUGAAAAAAUCCGUGAAGUUGAACGUAUACGUGAGGAAUUAUUAGCAAAAGGUGCAAUCUUACCGCCAGAAAAACCAAAAGGUGAACACUUUGAUUCGAAUUGUAUUACACCAGGGACACCGUUUAUGGCACGAUUAUCAACAUGUUUACAUUAUUACAUACAUGAUCGAUUAAAUAAUGAUCCGGGAUGGCACGGGAUUAAGGUUAUUCUAUCCGAUGCGAAUGUUCCAGGGGAAGGUGAACAUAAAAUUAUGGAUUUUAUACGAAAACAAAGAGCUCAACCCGACCACGAUCCAAAUACUCAACAUGUUUUAUGUGGAGCAGAUGCCGAUUUAAUAAUGUUAGGUUUAGCAACACAUGAACCUAAUUUUACGAUAAUUCGUGAAGAAUUUAAACCGAAUAAACCAAGACCAUGCGAUGUUUGUGGAGAAUUAGGACAUGAAAUGAAAGAUUGUGAAGGUUUAAAUGAACCAGUCGCGCAACCAGGAAGCGCACUUGCCACUUUAAAUGAAACUGGAAUGGAUUUAGGCAGUGAAGGUGAUUUUAUAUUUGUACGAUUAUGUGUGCUACGUGAAUAUUUGGAACGUGAGCUACACAUGUACAAUUUACCAUUCAAAUAUGAUUUUGAACGUGUUAUCGAUGAUUGGGUCUUUAUGUGUUUCUUUGUUGGUAAUGAUUUCUUACCACAUUUACCAAGUUUAGAGAUACGUGAAGGGGCUAUCGAUCGUUUAGUAACAUUGUAUAAAGAAUGUGUUUAUAAAACUGGGGGUUACAUAACAGACAGCGGUGAUGUAAAUUUAGAUCGAGUUCAAUUAAUAAUGUCAAAACUAGGUGAAGCCGAGGAUGAGAUAUUUAAACGACGUCAACAGAAUGAAGAAGCAUUCCGAGCUAGGGAAAAAGCUAAACAACGACGAAUGGAUCGCCAACAACAAUAUAAUUCACAACGUCCUAAUUGGAAUAUAACAAAUAAUACACAAUUUGCUCCAACGCCCCUCGGACAAGGAGCUAGUCCCAUACAAAAUGCACGACAAGAAAUUUAUAACAUACGUAAAGCUGGAAUGGAAUCGUUAAUUCAACAACAGAUGCGUUAUGUAUCGCAAAAAGCUGGAUUAGGAGCAUUUUUAAGGCCAGAGGGAAGUGGAAACCAAAAUCAAAAUCAACAGCAACAAAAUUCCCAAGAACCACGUGGUACGAAACGUAAACAUGACCAAGUAGAAGUCGAAGAUGAACAAGCACAUGAUGAAGUCCGUUUAUGGGAGGAUGGUUUUAAAGAUCGUUAUUACGAAUCGAAAUUUGACGUUGUUCCCGAAAAUGUAGAAUUUCGUUACAAUGUAGCCCUACAAUAUGUUCGUGGAUUAUGUUGGGUACUUCGCUAUUAUUAUCAAGGAUGUGCAUCCUGGAAAUGGUAUUAUCCCUAUCAUUACGCUCCGUUCGCAUCGGAUUUUAUUAAUAUCGGUGGUUUGAGUACGGAAUUUGAAACGGGAACCGAACCAUUUUUACCGUUACAACAAUUGAUGGGUGUAUUUCCAGCUGCAAGUAGUGCACACGUUCCAAAACCAUGGGCACAAUUAAUGUCUGAUCCUGAAUCAACAAUUAUUGAUUUUUACCCGGAAGAUUUUAAAAUUGACUUGAAUGGAAAGAAAUUUGCAUGGCAAGGAGUCGCUUUGCUACCAUUUAUCGAUGAAAAACGUUUAUUUAGUGCGUUAGAACCAUAUUACGAUCAGUUGACGGACGAUGAACGUCGACGUAAUGUUCGUGGUGAUGAUCUAUUGUAUGUAUCGCGUAAAAACACUGGCUAUAGUUUUAUUCGUGAUCUAUAUCAGAAGAAAAUCGGAACGACAGAAAUUCCAAUUGCAUUUGAAAAUAUCCAAGGAACAGUUUUACUCGCUGACGAAAAUGUGCCCGAAGGAGAUAAUUUACAAUCACCAGUGACCGGUUUAUCGGUAGUUUGUGAUAAUGCCGUGUAUUGUGUGAAAUUUCGAUAUCCAAAAUAUCCGGAAGGUUUUAUCUUUCCAGCGAUACGUAUGAAAGGUGCAAAGGAACCACCGCGUGUAUUGAAACCAGGUGAUUUAGAUGAAGCGGCUUCGAAAGCAUGGCGACCACAGAUUGGAAUGGCACAAGCUACACAACGGGCAUCUUUAUCAGAUAGUGGUCAUCGUAUGCUUGGACAUUACGGACAGUCACGUCAACAAGAUUCUCGAGGACAAGGUGGCCAAGGAGGUCAAGGACAAUAUGGUGCCGUACCACCUCCAGCGUCCUUACAAAAGUCUGGAUAUUCACAGUAUCGAGGUAACAACAGUGGCGGCGGUUAUUAUCACCAAAACAACCCUAAUAACAAUCGAGACAACAAUCGUCGUGGAAAUAAUGAUUACAACAAUUCAGGAGGUAGCAGCGGUUAUAACAGUAGUCGUAACAAUAAUUACAAUAAUCGAAAUAAUGAUGGCUACCAUACGUCCGGUUAUAAUAGUAGAAAUUCCAAUUCUAGUAGUGGGGGAAACAAUGGCGGUAGCAAUUAUAAUAGUAAUUAUAAUCGUGGACAACAGCAACAACAACAAUAUGGCGGCAAUAAUAAAUACUAUACUAACACUAAUCGCACUGGUAAUAAUAAUCAAAGUGGUGGGGGUAAUAAUCAAAAUUCCAGAGGUGGGGGAUAUCAAAAUAAUCGUAAUCGCAGAUAAUAAAAUUAAUUGUAAAUAUUUAUCCAAUUUGUGUGUCUUUUAAUUAUUCUUGAUUACGAUUAAAUCCGAUAAGAAAAUUUUUUAAACUAUGUGGAAAUGGUAGGGAAAUAAGUUUCUCUAUUAGUUGGAAACGGGAAAUUUCGAAGAAAGAAUCAUUCUAUGCUUGAAAUUCCCUAUUUGGAUUGUUUCGGAUUUAAAAGCCAUGUUUUUGAUAUGAUAAUGGUUAAAUUACAAUACGUCUUAGAAUCUAAAGUUCCUAGCCUAAGCUUUACCUAUAAUACAUCAUCUUAUUA